GCUCCUCCAGCGUCCCGGGGGGGGGGGCGGCUUCUGAAGGCAAGACACCUCCUCCCACUCCCGGGAUGGCUUCUCCCUCCUCCUUCACACCCCCGCCUCCGGGACCACGGCGCUCCCUCCCCGCACCGGCCAGUGAGUACACAAAGCGGCGGGUGAGGGGAAGCUUCGCAGGCGUGCACGGAGCAGUGAGAUCACUGGCGUUAUAAAUAUCCCAGUGCCAGCGUCGAGAUCCGCUCGGGUGGCCUCUCUCUCCCCCUCUCCCUCUCCCUUCCCCGAGGCUAUGUCCACCCAGUGCGGCGAGGGAGGCAGCGCCAGAGGCACGCAGCCGCGCGGGGGCUACGGAGCCCGGAGCCAGCCCUGCAAGAUGCGCUUAGGACCCCCGCGGCCGGAAGAAUGAGCUUGUCCUUGCUCUUCCUCCUCUUCUGCAGCCACCUGAUCCUCAGCGCUUGGGCUCACGGGGAGAAGCGUCUCACACCCGAAGGGCAACCGGCGGCUCCCAGGAACCCGGGCGACUCUAGCGGCAGCCGGGGCAGAAGUAGCGCGACGUCUUCUGCCUCCUUCCCAGCCGCGGCUUCCCCGGGCAGUCAGGGAAGCGGCCCGGAGCACAGCAGUUUCCAGUGGAGCCCUUCGGGGCGCCGGACCGGCAGCCUGUACUGCAGAGUGGGCAUCGGGUUCCAUCUGCAGAUCUACCCGGAUGGCAAAGUCAACGGCUCCCACGAAGCCAGUGUCUUAAGUAUUUUGGAAAUAUUUGCUGUGUCUCAGGGGAUUGUAGGAAUACGAGGAGUUUUCAGCAACAAAUUUUUAGCGAUGUCAAAAAAAGGAAAACUCCAUGCAAGUGCCAAAUUCACAGACGACUGUAAGUUCAGGGAGAGAUUUCAAGAAAACAGCUAUAAUACCUACGCGUCAGCAAUCCACAGAACUGAAAAGACAGGGCGGGAGUGGUACGUGGCCCUGAAUAAGAGAGGGAAAGCCAAGAGAGGCUGCAGCCCGCGGGUCAAACCCCAGCACGUAUCCACCCACUUCCUACCCAGGUUCAAGCAGUCGGAGCAACCCGAACUUUCCUUCACCGUCACCGUUCCAGAAAAGAAAAAGCCACCCGUGAAACCAAAGGUCCCCCUGUCACCGCCUCGCAGAAACCCCGCCCCAGUGAAGUACAGACUGAAGUUUCGCUUUGGAUGAUGCCCAUCGGGGGCCUUGUGGGAAACCACUUUGCCACCUCAGGACCUACAGGCGUCAUCGCAACCCUGAAGGAAACGUUCGGACACAGUGCCCCUCCUCUGUGCUUACACGCGUGGAAGUUGGGUCGUAUGUAGUUCACUUCGACUGGAACAAAACUGCUUUUUUAAAUUUUUAAAUAGACACAGGAGCGGGAUUCCCUGCAGCGACCCAGGAAGCACACCUCUUCAAGCUGAGUAAGGUAUAAUGGCUUCGCGAUUAGUGGAUGUUUAGCGUUCUGCGUCGUUCAGAACGUUCAAUGGCCAAGACUAUGUAUUUUUCUGACUUUUGCAGAUCAACCUGAAAGAACAUACAUGAUGCAUUUUUAUUUUUGUUUUCCAAAGAAUAUUUUGAUGCAGAUAAAAUAUUUUAUAAACUUUUUUUAAGGUACCUCUACAUUGAGCAUAUUUUCUUACUUUUAUUAUUUUAAUUAACGUGCCACAAGCCAGUUUAUUGCUGUUCAUGGAUUAUAAACAUUUUGAUAGCCUGUCUGGUAGCACAUGGAUCUCCUUUGCAUUUUUCUCUUCACUGCAUUGUUUACUUCAUUUUAGUCAUACCUCAAGUCGUGGGCGUUUAGUUCUGCAUUUUUUGAAGUGUUGAAAUGUCCCUCCAGAGUCCCAAAGGCUUGGCUUGGCGGUGUGUACUGUGUAUAAAGUCAUGGCAUUAUGUGGGAUCCUACCGCGUUAGUGGCUGGGCUCUCACAGCUAGAAGGAGGAAAACAGGCAGACAUGUCUGAUGGAUUUAAAGGUUGGACGUAAAGAAAAGGACGGAGGCAAAAGUGCGCUUAGUGUAACAGCAUCCAAGGAGGACGAACUCUUGUCUCUUUUGCUUCUCCUUUUAUCUAAUCCCUGCCCCCAUUUGGGAAGACCUGAAGGAAAUACAUUUUAUUCCGCCCAUCAAGCAUACACUAAGAAACUGGAGUGCUUAAAAAUACUUCUUUAACCCUCUGUUAUCCUUACUGUAUGGACCCACAGGGAGAAAUGAAUCAGGGUGUGUGUGUGUGUGUGUGUGUGUGUGUGUGUCUGUGUAACUGAAAGAGAUGAAUCACUUACCAGGCGUUCAUGUCAAAUCUCCCGGUCAAAAAUACUUCUAUUAGUCAGUCAAACAGCCUUUGUGCUUUCUAUCCUAAAGAUAAUGAGUGUGGCCAGGGCAUCUGCUCUGUAAUAAGAAGACCCGGAUGUGUCUUAGAAACCUCAAGGAGCUCAAUUUGCAAAUUUGAUGAGUUGAAAAUGACACUUCAUUCUCAACCCAAGUAUCAAACACUGAAUGGAUUAUCACAGCAAGUUUAACUUACAAAGUUACACAAUUUAUUUUCCUGGAUAAUCAUUUUUAUGGAGAUCUAUGAAAUACAAGUGUUCAUCUUAUAUUUGUAAAUGCUGCAAUAAAAAGGUGGA